AUGGUGGUGAGGAGGGCGCGGGCACACACACGUCAGCAGCACGAGCGCCGCCGGCGCCCGCCCGCCGCCCGCGCGACGCCCGCGCGCGCCCAUUCACCCAUCAGUGAUAAACAAACCUCGUCGGCGCCCUCUUGUCAGCCAUGCCGCGCGUUUGACUCGCCGCACGGGUCCAGCCAACCGCCUUCAUGCAUCUGUGCCUACGAUCCACAACACAGCACAAGUGCUGAUAAACUUGAGCAUUCACUUGUGGGGCACGCGUGCGAGCCGCGCAGCUCUUCAUUGGGGCGCGCGCUAGCUCUCGACUGGCGGCUGUGGGUACGUGGCGCGAGCGGCCGCGACAUCAGCUCCUUCGUGCACAAGGUCGUCUUCUAUCUGCACCCUGCCAACGCGUUCGUCUACCCUAAAAGAGUUCUUCAGGAGCCGCCGUACGAGAUCCAAGAGUCUGGCAGCGUAUCCAUCGACAUACCGAUCCACGUGUACCUGAAACACAGUAAUAAGCCAAAGAAGAUCCGCCUGCGGUACAGUUUGGUGAUAGAGCACGAGGCGAAGAGCAGCGGUGAAUCUCGUCGCAUAUACUACGACGUGGAGAAUCCGUCGGAGCAGUUGUGGCAGGCGCUGAUGAGCGGCGGCGGCGAGGUGGUGGCGCGCACUACCGCCGACCACCACGGCGACCGCCUCGUGGUUCUACCCGACUCGCGGCCCCGCGCCCUCCCGCGCCGGCACAAGUUCGUCGAGCCGCUACACUGCAAACAUGCGCCACGGAAAGCCACCAAACCCUACGUACUCGAUGAGACCUGCUGCACUAAAUGCGGCGAGUCACAACUGGAACUCAAGAAGCAGUUGCGCUCGGUGACGAUGACGCAAGACGAAAUUCAUCGCGUGACGCAGUUGUACCUAGCUUUCACUGGCUACGAGAAGACGGUGGACGCGUUGAAGUUGCCGCCACUCUCAGACUCCAUCUACAAGUUGCCGGAGUUGCCAGCGUCGUUACGGGAAGCGCUCAAGGCUACUGAAAUGGAAUUCACGCCUCGGUCGUGA